AUGCGUCGGCGCGCGUCAAUUACGUCACCGUGCGGUUGUUUGUCUUCCUGCCUGUAAAAAUGGAGAAGAAAAUGGCAUCAGACAAUUUAGAAAUGCGUCUUCAGGCACUGGACAGUCGCAUCUAUGGCGAAAGGGGAAACAAAGGCUGUAAACAAUUGAAGUGUGCAGAGUCUCUAGCCAGGAUCCAGGCAGGUCUGACCAACACGGCCAACAAGAGAGAACGAGUCAAGAUCCUGCAUAAAAAGAUUGAGGACCUGAUGAAGUACUUGGACCCCCAGUUCACUGACCGUAUGGCUGUGCCGGACACCAUGAAACUGGAGUUCAUCCUCGCUGAGGAGGACUUCCUACUUUCCCAGGCUACCUUGCUGGAGCAGGUCGACACUCUGCAGCCGCUGCUGGACAGCUCCUACAUCCGAGACGUUCCCGAGCAUGCCACCAAGCUGCAGCGUCUCUCGCAGAUCCACAUCAAACAGCAGGACCAAGUCGAUGCUCAGUGCCAGGAUGUGAAGAAGCUUUUCGAGGACUAUAACAAAAUGAUGUUCCUGCUGUCCAAGCAAUUCACCCAGUGGGACGAGACCCUGAGGAAGCUGGAGGAGGCCAAGGGCAUCAGACCUGUGGAGUAACUCCGCCUCCACGGGGAUGAAGGCGGGAACGUCGGUUGCCUGCGUCGCCCCACAAAAACCUCCGCUUUUGUUCCACCUCUUUGACAAUGUUGACGGUAAUUAUGCAAUAUCAUUUGUGUCUUUAUUACGAAAGCUUAUUUUGGGUGUUGACUUUACGUAACGUACUUUCUGGAUUAUAAGGCGCGCUGCCGAAAAAUUGUCUAUUUUUGAUCUUUUUUUCAUACUGUAUAUAUCGUAUUUUUCCGAUUAUGAGUCGCACCGGCCGAAAAUGCAUAAUAAAGAAUAUUUACUUUGCACUAAAGCACACCUGGGCAAAUUAAGCCCUGGGGCCCUAAUGCGGCCCGUUAAGCUUUUCAAUCUGGCCCAUCGGACAUUCCCAAAUAUUUUUUUUUGAGAUCUUUAAGAUGGAAAGUGUAGCUACCAUUAUGAUGUGCAGUCAUGUUUUCUAAUGACCGUAAGUCUUCAACUGUGCGAAGAAUUUCAAUGGUUGGAAUCUGCGCUUUUGGAUGAUAUACUAGUUACUAUGGUCAUCUAAUUAGUUACUAUGGUCAUCUAAUUAGUUACUAUGGGAAUCUACGUCACAGCAGCUCAGACAAGGCACCAAGCAGUGUGGGCGGGGAGCGUUUCCACAGACGCGUUAGGAGAUUUUCACAAAGUUCUAAAGCUUAGUGAUGUAUCAGAUGCAUUAUUUUGUAGCCUGUGUGUUGCGUUUCACUUGAUUGUAAAAUAUGUCAAACGGAAGGGGGUGUGACAUUCAUAUUUUGUCAAUAUUCAGUGUUUUAUCCUUAAUAGAAAAAUGGAAAAUUCCAUUACGUUUUUUAAGGCGGUCUGUCAUAACGUUUUUAGCAUUCAAUCAGACAUUAUUGUGAAGUUUUGUAUUAGUGUUCCUAAAAAUGGAUAUACUGGCCCCGAGACACAUUU